AUGUCGAAAGCGGAAGAGCCGGUGCUCUGCGAGCCUACGAAUGCCCAGUCGGCCGCAUCCUCCUCCAACACCGCCCGGCCAGCACCACAGCCAGACGUAAAGGAAAAGGGAAAUACCGAGACGUCGGCCGGCCAGAAGCAGAGGAGUGAGCCGGAAGUGCUUGGGCGCAGCGUUUCAGGUCCCGGCACAGAGACUCGCGAGCAGAAGCUGGUAGCUGAUGCAGCCGAGCGAGCGCAAGAAGCUCGCCGGGAGAUACAUGUGGAGGACGUUGCGCCUGUGAUCAAUAGUCCAGAGAGCACUCGAUCUGCCCUCAUUUCGAGCCACCGGACUCAUGUCCCUUACUUUAGGUAUUUUGGGCCGACAGCCAUCGUCCCCGGAUAUAAGCAGAUGGUAUGGUCGCUACCCCCGAGGGAAUGGAGAUCUAGUUUAUUAACGAGCGGCAUACUUCAGGUUGUUCGGGUUCGAGAAACACGCAAGAGCAAUCCUUCUCUCUCAAACGGCUGCAGCUUUCCCUUCCUGCAGCGAGAUAGAUUCCUUCGUAGCCUGAAAGAAAAGCAGCUUGCAGCCAUACUAGUAGAUGCAGUGUGCGCCCUGGCAGCAAGAUUCUCUCUUCAUCCUUUACUAUCCGCUGGACCGUCAGACGAGGCCACAUAUCCUCACCAUGGACAAGCUUUUGCUCACCGUGCAAUGUGCGCCGUUGUCGAUGCACUUGCUUGUCCAACCUUGGCCGUAGUCCAGGCCUGCCUGCUCCUUGCCUAUGAAGAAUUCGGGUCGAACCAUGACAGCGGCCUCUGGAUGUAUCUCGGGAUAUCGAUCAGGAUGGCACAGGACCUUGGGAUCCAGAAGCUUGAUGGCAUGAAGUUCAGAUAUGGCUGUGUUGGCCUAACUCCCAAGGCCGUCAUAGCCGGGCAGAUGGUUGAUCCUGAAGCCUCUGCUUCUUCCGCCGAUAGAAAAGAUGAGCCUGGCACCGAGAGCGGUUCUGACAAAGAGUCUGUCGAGAUAGAACGAGCAAAGGAGAGAGAAAAGGUCGACUUGUUCUGGAGCAUCUUCUUUCUCGACAGGGUGAUAUCUUCUGGUACUGGGAGACCAGUGACUCUCCGCGACGAUGAUAUCGAAAUACAUUUCCCGCUGGACUCUGAAUCGAUUCUCCAUAACGGCUGGCCGUCGCCGUAUCCUCCCUUGAUGAGAAUCAUACAUCUUUACGGACGGAUGACAGAUUUGUUGAACUCGAUCAAAGAAGUCAAUCAUGUCACUCCAGACGUCCUUCGCCGUUUAGCAGGAAUGGAAAGUGAUCUAACAGGCAUAUAUCAAAAGUUGUCUCCCAAACUACACUUCAAUGUUGUCAAUUUCCAGACAUAUGUGAAGGCCGGUCAGGGGACUAAUUUCAUCCUGCUACAUUUCUGGUUUCACACCCUCAUCGUGCUCCUCCAUCAGCCAACACUAUUGCAUUCAUUUAGCGGCAAGAUACAACAGUUGUUUUCAAACAGCCGAGAACUGUCUAUAUCCUCUGCAAAAACAAUUGCCGAUAUCCUUGCCUUUGCAGAACUGAUUGAUGUUAAAAGCUUUACCGGAAACCCGUUCACCAGCCAGCCCAUUUACAUUGCAGCCUGUGCAUUUCUGAUGGAGAGCGCUUUCUAUUCUCUUCCUUCGUCUAGGGCUGAAAGUCCGCCAUCAAAGGCUGGACCUCCAAACCAACUAUCCAAACCUCCUGUUUCUCAAGCUGAGCGCCCUACAGGUUCCGAACGUGAUUCAAAUCCUAAACACUCUCUUCUAGCAGCCGCUGCAAAGGAGAACUACCAGCGGUGUUACAAGGCCCUCCAGUCUUUAGAAAAGUCCUGGGCGGAUCAAAAAUCUAAAGGAAUAUGGGACCCGCUACUCUAUACGGAAGAGGAAAUGGAGAGCGCUGCUGACGUUGAUACAUCUCUGGCUUUGGCAUGGAAAAAGUCAGUCGCUCAGCAGGCUCGUAAUGAAACUAUUGGUUGGUCGUUAACCGGCGCUACCAACUCAUCUCAACCGAACCUUAGUUUUUUAUAUCAACUCCAAACUACUUCAGCCGACACGCCUACACAAACUGUCCAGUUCCAACCCUCCUUUGAACACUCCCCCACAUCUAACCUACAGCCGAUGCAUCCCUUCCAGAGCCGUGAGACUCCGAGCCAACCAAGAAGAACCGCCCAACUAUCUCCCCCGGCCCAACGAAACACCCUCUCACCCCCUUAUUCACAUCUUCAAACUGACCGUCCGUCUCCCUCAAACACAAGCAUCAGUCUAACGCACAGUCCGGGGUUGACUGGUCCAUCCGCAUCCCUGGCUCGCUCUCAGCACUCCGUAUCACCCAGCGCGCCAUUGCCGCGAGGCAACAACGCGCAGUAUAACUUCCACGGUCCAUCUCCAUCUGGUAACCAAGCCAUGGCCGUGUUGGACAAUACACAUAUUCCCGGGUACGACAACGUGCCCCUGAAUGCUCAGAACCUCACCAUCGAAAGUCAGGAUAUUGAUGUGAAUACCCUUCAGGAUCAGUCGAAUUUCCCAUUUGCAUUUGAAGGUGGAUUCAUGCCUUGGCUAGAAUAUCUACCUGAAGAUACCUUCACGUCGCACGAAUUUGCGGUCGAGAGAUACUUGCACAGCUCCCAGUUGGCCAUGAGCAUCCCACAGACACCUGGGGACAAGACGGGGAUAGGCGCAGGAACGGAUAGCAGCCCUACGACCGAUGCUCUACAGCCUCCAGUGGAGCUCAAGGAAAAGCACAAAUCCUGGGACGAGGGCAGUAAUUCAAUGGACGAUGCGGAUGCAGGACCAGAGCCGCAUGGGCAGGGCGCCAACGGGCAUGCGGAAGGCAAUGCGGAGUAUAGAUACAGUCCUUCAUCUACAUCACAACCUAGAUCAAGAGGAAGUUCUGGGGAUACGGAGUACGGUGAGGGAGAAAUAGAAGAUUUCCCUUACGAUGACGAAUUCGAAGACGAGGACAAAUCGUUCGUCAGCGAUCUAAGAGGCGGUGGAAAGGGUAUCCGAUCAGCUCGCACUUCAAUCUCUUCUCUGCCUGGGUCUGUUGUCGUAUAUCCCAACGGCAAACCAAAAGGAAACGCGCAAUUCCAACGAGGAGACUUUCGACAAAGCAUUGAUACUCUCGAUAGAAACCCCACGGAUAGCCCAUUUUGUGGUAACAGGAUGGGUGACGAAGACUACUAUGAUAACGGAGGCAUAGAUGAUGGGAAUUUCUUUUCAUCACCUGUUCCAAGGAAUGGUCAUAUGGGUGGUCACUCGCAUAGAUCUUCAAGAAUGUCAGAUAUCUCGUUCCGGUCAAGCCCCAUGUCUCCAGAUCAACGAUCAUACCAUACCAGUCCACCCCAGGCAAUUCAGCCAAGCAAGGAGUAUGCGCUCGUAUUACUCCAUUGCACCCUGCUCCCACCCUCUUUUCCUCUCUCGCUUCCUCCAGGAUCACCUCUGCCAAGUAAGGAGUUACUUCGAGAGAUUUUACCUGAUGCCUACUGGACGAGAUGGAAAUUGCUGGAGGAGAAGAUCGGUACUACAGGAAUUCUACGUGACAGAGGCAUUCUCAUAUCCCACCCUCAGGAAGCUUAUGAUUUGCUGGAGGAGCGAUUGUUAGAGACUUUGAGCCUGACUCGACCCAGGCUUGCAUAUGGCCAUUUCAUUGGAGGAGAUGAUACUGAUGAAGAUGAAGAUGAACAAACUACUGACGACGAUGAUGAAAAUAAUGAUGAAAAAGGCGGCUGCGUGAAAAAGAAGUGUCAGGAUUGCGGCCAGAGGGUUGUCAAUAAUCGGGAUGGCCUUGAGAAGAAGUGGGAGGUCCGAGUCUAUGCAGCAAACGGACUCAUGGGACAAGGUGCCUGGGCAGCUGCUUGGAAGGAAAUGGAAAAGGUCGAUGUGGAAGUUGGACUAUGUUUGCCAGCCAAGUUGAAGAAUGAGUUGGAGCAAAGGCUGGUUCAGGAGCAAGCAUUGAGAAGGGAACGCAUGACGGAAGACGCUAUGUCAGUGGAAAAUUCCCAUCCAACAACUAAAGCACCUGUGAAUCCUCCUGGUCGCCCUCAAUCGCAAAUUGAUGGACUAGAUGAGCCUCCUCGGGAGAAGGCAGCUGUCAAAGUGCCAAUUCGCAAGGGAGAGCGUCCAGCUCUUACUACCACCCCAACGCAAUACUCUAGGGAUGAUAUCAACCUUUUGAAAGCACUUUAUAAUUAUAUACGAAUAGUGUGUCAAGGGAAUCAACUCCUGAUAGUGACCAUCCUUCUCGUCUUGCUUGCCCUUCUCACACCGUCACCAUACAGCUUUUUCGGACGUUUAUCCUCGGAUAUAAACUCCUCACGGCCAGACCCCUUCUUGUCUGCUCAGCCCUCAAUUAUACCAGUACCCAGUAGUCAUAUGACGAUUGUGUCUCAGCCGCCUAUUAACUCAAUCGAUGUUGUGCAGAGCUCCUCACCGGAAAUCCAGCACGUCUCAACGGUAUCAUACGCUCUGUCAAGCUCGGUAGAAACUGCACCAAGCCUAUUGGGCCCUCAACCUUUAUACCCCGGAUCCCAGGAAGACGAAAAAGUGUCAACCCAGUUGGAAUCCUCGCUUCAUGACGAGCCGCUAUCACAGACCCAGUCAACUCUCCCGGCUUCGUGUUAUGAACAACAAGAGGAUCUGACGAUAUCUGCACAGUCAGAGUCACCAACUUUCCUGGCUCCUCCAGCUCUGUCAGAUGCCCCGGCACCCAUAGUUCAAUCAUCUCCUCUACCAUCCCCAAGUCGUUCCUCUUAUGCAGCUUUGUCUGCCUCGUCCGCCUUACCGCCUAUCGAGUGCGGAGAACGUCCUGCAGAAGACCCAGAGUAUAUACCCUCCCCAAUGUCUCAGGUCCAUACACCUGCUUCCUCAAGUGCAGCAGCGCCAGGUAUCGGAGUUGCAAGCGAGGAAUUACAUGAAUCCGCAUCGACACCACCAUCUAUUUCCCGUUCUCCUUGCCCAACCCCAACUUCCGCCGCAAUGGGAGAGGAAACCGAGUUGUUACUCGGAUUGGUCUCUGAAGAGGAGAAUGUUCAGGCCCUUGAUGCGGGUUCUAAGCCUUCUACAGAAUAG